UGUAAGAGGAGGCAGUGGUUUCCUUUCAGACGGCCUGUAAACCUGUGGUCCUGAUAUAAAGCUGAGCAUCUUCAUUCUGCUCAUCUUCGAAUGAAAACAUGAAGCUGUCUCUGUUGUCCAUAUUGUUCCUCGUCCUUUUCUCUCAGUGUGUGAGUGGGAAGGACUGUGCGUGUGAGCUGAAGAACUCACAGCGUCCUUUCCCAAUGGAGAAACUCAACUCCAUCCGUACUGCAGCAAAGCAAUGCAGCAAGAGCAUCACUCCAACACAGUUGACAGAGGUGGAUGUACUGAUGCUGGGAGUGCAGCAGCGGCUAGAGCAGCUGGAGGAGAGCGUGUCCGUGUUGGAGAAUGAGGACGAUGGUGAUCUGUACGGAGCCGUCUCAGUGCGAAUCAUCGAGCUCGAGCUUGCUGAGAUCCUGGAACUCAUGGGGAAACUGAAUAAAACCAUCAACUUCCACAAGCAGCUCAAUGAAAGCACGGCCUCCAAGCUGCAAAACAUGACGCAGGGCAUGCAGGAGCUCGAGGCUUUUGAUCUUCUGCAAGUGGUGAGCAAACAGCGAGAAAAUCAGCGCAUAAAGCAAGACUUGGCUGAGUGUAAGAAUGAGCUUCGGGCCACCCCUCCGCCUCCCACUCCUCAUCCACGACGCUGUUCACAAGGCGAGUUGGUCAAUGUGACCGGUCCUAGAACUUACGUCCUCACCCAGUAUGGAACCUCAUACUCUUACGGCGCUUGGGGAAAAGACCCGAAACCUGCUCCAGGAAAGGAGGACAUGUACUGGUUGGUAGCUCUGACCAGCAGCAAUGCUUAUGCCAACUAUGUGCGGCAUUACACCAGUUUGAGCACUAUACUGGUAGGUGUAGAUCCUACGGACUCUGUCAUCUCUUCCUCAAACCCCACCACAAACACCAUCGUCGGCCCAAACGUGGUGCAGUACGAAGAUGCGCUAUAUUACGGCUGCUAUAAUACACCCUCUGUGUGUCGCUUUAACAUCUCCAGCCGUUCCGUCACCAAUACACCACUUCCAGAAAACUCUGGCUUCAAUAACAAGUUUCCUUAUGGCCACCUGGAUGCCACGUACAUCUACACAGACUUGGAUUUUGCCACGGACGAAUCUGGUGUCUGGGUCGUCUACACAGGAAAAGACAAUUUUGGUAACGUGAUCCUUAGUGAAGUGAUCGAAGGAAGUCCUCCGUCUUUGGGCCGAACGUGGCGGACGUCACUGCACAAGCGCACUGCCACUAACACCUUCAUGGUGUGCGGAGUGCUUUACGCCACACGCUUCCUGGACAAAGAGACGGAAGAAAUUUUCUACUCAUUCGACACAGAGACAAGGGAAGAGCGCUAUGAUCUGAAGAUCCACAUCAAGAAAAUGCAGACCAAUAUCCAGUCUCUGAAUUACAACCCACAAGACCAAAUGCUCUACGCCUACAGUGAUGCACACAUCGUCUCGUACGACACUGUCUUUCAGUAAACUGCCGUUUUCCUUGUGUGACAAUGAUGUAGUGGUUUGCACCAUUUGAAAAUUGGGAUUUUUUUUUUUAAAUGACCAAUAGCAUCUUUUUUAACGGUCAGUUAUUUUAGUUUCUUUACUUCCUUUUCUGAAUAAUAUCUGUACAAAUCAUUAUCUCUGUUAUUUUGGAAAAACCUCUUUACCAAUAAAACACGCUUUUAUGUU